GGAAUGAGGGACGGGGAGGAGAUAGUGGUUGGCUUGCUGUUCCGGGACCGGCAGACCCAGCGCCUGGCCUGUGAUAAGGAGGGCGGAGUGACCAGGGACCUUAUCCACGGAGCAGAGCGGGAGGGAACGUGGUAGUCAAGCCCCUCCUUUCUCCAGGCAGCGCAGAGCACUCCCCGGCCUUCUGCACGAUGGACGCCUGGUGUCCUGAUGGCACCCUGAACCAGCACUCGUGGGGGCAGGGGACGAGUGCUUCCCCAGGCGCAGGAAGGAGAGGGUCGUGGGGCGGACUUGGGGGUCUUCCCCUGGAGGCCUGACUCGGUGGGCAUGACCCUGGAGCGCAGGCGACUCCGUGGAUCACUUGCCUGUGGCACUAGGGACACCCAGAGGUCCACGUGUCACCUGUAACCCAAGUGGAGCUUGGCAGCACUCAGUAGUCAGACCAGCCCUGCAGGGAGCCUGGAGAUCAGGCCGCCGUCCUCAAGAGCCACCAUGGAGCCGAGGGCCUUGGCUUGAGUCAGUCAUUCCUGGGGCUCCAGAGGGGGCACGGAGCGGCCGGGCGAGGCCUGGGGUGGCCGUGGCAGUAGCCGUGGAGACCUCUGCUGCCUCCAUUUCUGUUUUGCGUGUCUGCAAGGCAGGAAAUCCGCACAGCGCUUUGCUUGUCCUGGCGAGACAUCUCUGAGACCCGGACUGGGUCAGUGUCCAGGCCAAGAUGGCCGCCUGAAGUUUGGCCACGUGUGGCCCCUUGGGUGGGUGUUCUUCUUUACUGGGGACUGUGUAGGUAACAGAUGAUAAGCAGCAAGCUUCCUCCGAGUCCCAUCAUGCAUUACGAUGCAGUACCUCGUAAAAUGAGUGAGUCCAGGCUGGGCAUGGGGGCACACACCUGUCAUCCUAGCGGCUUGGGAGGCUGAGGCAGGAGGAUCACAAGUUGGAGGCCGGCCUCAGCAACUCAGUGAGUUCCUAAGCAACUCACUGAGACCCUGUCUCUAAACAAAAUAUAAAAAGGGCUGGGGACGUGGCUCAGGGGUCAGCACCCUGGGUCAAAUCCCAGCGCCGAAAGGGAAAGCAAAGAGCCCCCGUCCUCUUGGCGGGGAGAACUGCUUCGGGUGAGAGGAGGUGGCCACAGACGACACAGGGCAAGCCAGCGGGGCUCUAGCUGGCUGGCCGUGGGCACCGUCCUCCCAGGUGGCCUUGGCCAUGUCAGGAACCAGCUGGUCAGCACAGAGCAUUCAGUCAGAGCUGGCCAGAUGCCUGGAGUCGUGGCUGGGUCACCUUUUCAUGAGGACAGUGGUUCCAGUCACCUCCUUCCGCCUGCUGUUCUGUGGGCCCACCUGGGGCUCUGUGGGGAGGGACCUGCCUUGAGACUUGGGGACACUGGGCACCCCACUCGGCACUGGCCUGGGGAGGACCACAUCCUGUGCCAUGCAGGGUGGCCAGGCAGGUCACAUUCGGGAGCAGAGAGGGCACAGCAUACGGAGGCAGGCUGCGUAGGAGCAGGGCUGGAGGAGGCGAGAGGAGGGUGUGGGCCCCGUGGGGAGGACCGUGGGCUGGGGACUGUGUCCACGGGGGCAGAACAGGGAGGACUGCAAGCCCUCUCUUUGCCCAGAUGUUGGACAACAGCAUCAUAAUCAUGUUCAGCCAGGUGUGGCCCACGCCUGUCAGCCCAGUGGCUCAGGAGGCUGAGGCAGGAGGAUCGCAAGGUGGAGGCCAGCCUCAGCCACUUAGCGAGGCCCUAAGCAACUCAGUGAGACCCUGUUUGUAAAUAAAAUAUAGAAGAGGCUGGGGAGGUGGCUCAGGGGUUUAGGCCCCUGGGGUCAAUCUCUGAUAGAAAAGGAAAGCAAGCAAAUAGCCUCCUUACAGUGCACAGGAGGUAAUAAAAGUCCCUCGUGGUCCACCAACGCAACCACAGCUGACCAUGUCGGUCUGUAUCCUUCUGGACUUUUCUGUGUGAGAGCGAGAGAUGAGAUGAGCCCUUCCCUGAGGCAGCAGGCGGGCCGAGGAUCCUGGGAAAGGCUGGGAAAGGCGUUCCCAGCUCUUCUGAGGAGCCGGGGAGGCCCCGAGAUGGCCAGGCGCCUCGGAGGCCACCGGGACGGGGCCAGGGACUCGUGGGCCCGCUGAGGGCGCACAGGAGGGUCCACGGGAAGUGGCAGUGGGGACGAGAGCUGGCCAGGCGGAGGCGUCUCUCCAGGUGGCGCUGGGCUCCGUCGCCUCUUUCCCGGGGUCGGGUGGCAGCAGGGGACGUGCGAAAGGCCCCCUCCGGGGGUGCCGCGCCCUGUGCAGGGCAGGCUCUGGUUGCAGGAGACGGGUGAGGCCUGUCUGGCCAGCACCAGGGACACAGUGUGGGACGUGGGGCCCGGGGGCAUGGUCAGCGUCCAGUUCCGGCAGCAGUGAGACGCUGGGACGGGAGCUCUGGACGCCCGGAGGGGCUGUCCCUGUCCCCAUCUGCGGCCGAGCCCCUGAGCCUGCGGCUGGUGGAAAGCCGGCCACUCACCGGGCUCACGGGUCCACACCGUGGCCAGGGCUCGGGGCAGCGUCCUUGCUGGGCGAUGAGGGGCCAGGCCAGGCCCGUUCACCCACCGGGAGGCAGAUUGCGCUCACGUUCCACGGGGACCUCGGGGGCUCGGCCGGGCCACCCACCCCAUGGCCGCUGGGCCUUCCUCAGAGCUCCCUGCGAGCGCAAGCCACAUCCGGAGUCGGGAGAUGGGACCUGGUGGCUUCUCGGGCCAGGCUGCUGCCAUGUCGGGCAGGCGGGGAGGGGCCCAGGACCUCGGCCUGGGGUGGACCAUGGCGGACGGUGGGCGGCCCUGUCCCUGGUGCUGGGGGAAGGCCGGGGACACCGCCAUGCAGGCUGGGGUUCCCGGGGCUGAGCGGGCAGGGCCCGACCUCGCUAGCGGGAGGAAGCGGGGUCACUGGGAAGCAGCCUGAGCGUCCCCAGGGCCUUCCAGGGAGGACGGGGCUGCUGCAUCCACAGCCUCUUCCUGUGGCCAUGAGCCCCGGACACGGCCAUCGAGGUGACCGCAGGGCAUGCAUCCUUCCUGGGGACCUGCAGAGCCUUGACCUUGACCGCAGGGACCGCAGGCCGCUGAGGCCCCUCUCGGCCAAUGGCAGGGCAGCCCGGGCACACUGCAGGGAGGCGGCUGAUCUUGGCCUGGACAGUCACCCAGCUCAGGCCAGCGUGGGCUGGGCCCUGGACGCUGUCAAGGUCGCUGCCGAGGACAGGGAGUCUCCCUGGCAGGCUGACCGAGGGAGGUCCCAGCUGACCCUAAGCCGCUCUCCAGGGAGAACCUGACCCGCGGGGCUGGACAGCCAGAGCUGGCGGACCCAGGACGAGGCGCGGCGUCACAGUGGCCUCGGUCCUCACUGGUUGACCCCGUCCCUCGGCCCAGGGUCUCCCUGAGGCUCGGGCAGCUGGGAACUUCUGGGUCGCCUGUCCGCGUGGACCCUGGGGAAGGGCGUCCAGCGCGGCAGAAGGGAAGCGGGGCCGGCAGGCGCCCGGGAAUGUGGCGGCCGCGUCGCCAUGGUGGUCACCCAGCUGAACCUGCAGCUGCGCUUCCAGGGCAGGAAGCUCCGAGGCGUCCGCUGUGAGCUCAUCCGCUGCCCCCGCGGGGCCUCCCCGGAGACCUUCCUGGGCACCACCUGCCAGGUCACGGCGCCCAUGCUGCUGUCCGGGCUGGGCAUGAUGGCGGCCGGCCUGCUGAUGAACGCCGUGCAGCGCUGGCCCGUGUUCGUGGAGGUGAAGGACCUCUUGACCCUGGUGCCACCCCUGGUGGGGCUGAAGGGGAACCUGGAAAUGACGCUGGCGUCCCGACUCUCCACAGCCGCCAACACCGGCCAGAUCGACGACCCCAAGGAGAAGCACAGGGUCAUCAGCAGCAACCUGGCGCUGGUCCAGCUGCAGGCCACCGUCGUGGGGCUCCUGGCUGCAAUAGCCGCCCUGCUGCUGGGUGUCGCGACGAGGGAGGGGCUGGACCUGUCCAAGGUGACCCUGCUGUGCGCCAGCAGCGUCAUCACCGCCUUCCUGGCCGCCUUCGCCCUCGGCGUGCUGAUGGUCUGCAUCGUGGUUGGCGCCCGGAAGCUGGGCCUCAACCCCGACAACAUCGCCACGCCCAUCGCAGCCAGCCUGGGAGACCUCAUCACGCUGUCCAUUCUGGCCGUGGUCAGCAGCUUCUUCUACAGACACACAGACAGCUGGUUCCUGAGCCCGCUGGUCUGCCUGGGCCUGGUGGCGCUGACCCCGCUGUGGGUCGUCAUCAUCAGGCGGAACCCGCCCAUCACCAAGAUCCUGAAGUUCGGGUGGGUCCCCAUCGUCCUGGCCAUGGUCAUCAGCAGCUUCGGAGGACUCAUCCUGAGCAGGACGCUCUCCGAGCAGCCGUACGAGGGCAUGGCCGUGUUCACGCCCGUGCUGUGCGGUGUGGGCGGCAACCUGGUGGCCAUCCAGACCAGCCGGAUCUCCACGCACCUGCACACCUGGAGCACGCCCGGGGUCCUGCCCCCCCAGAUGAAGAAGUUCUGGCCCAACCCCUGCUCCACCUUCUGCACCUCAGAAGCCAACGCCAGGUCGGCCCGCAUCCUGCUGCUGCUGGUGGUCCCGGGCCACCUGAUGUUCUACUACAUCAUCUGCCUGGCCGAGGGGCCGUCGGUGACCAGCAGCAAGAGCUUCGUGGUGCUCUACCUGCUGGCCGGCCUGCUCCAGGUGACAAUCCUGCUGUACCUGGCGGAAGUGACUGUUCGGCUGACGUGGCACCAGGCGCUGGAUCCGGACAGCCACUGCAUCCCCUACCUCACGGGGCUGGGGGACCUGCUGGGCACCGGCCUCCUGGCGCUCUGCUUCCUCCUCAACUGGUUCCUGCGCGGCGCCUCGGAAUGGAUCCCGGGGCCCCCCUGACGGCCCCCGCCGCCCAGGAGACCUUCGCCUGGCGCCAGCGGGUGCAGGAUGCCGUAUGUCCCUGGCAGCCCUCGGGCGGUCGCCAGCCUGCCUCUGCCGUCGCCUCCUGCACAUCUGCCACUGGACGAGCUGUAGGCGGACCCCGCGGGCGG